AUGGAUGGAAUAGAAGGUGCUUACCGUCCGAGGAGUGAAUCAAAUGAAGUGAAAAAUUUGAAUGAUUUUGAAGUUAAGAUUGCUCCUGAUGCAAUGAAUGGUUCGCACUUCACAAACGGUAAAGCAAAUAUGGCCGUCGAAGUCGACGAAGGAGCUGAAAACAAGGGUGAAAGGUAAGAAUGAAUACCAAGCCAACCAAGCAAUUUGUGCUGAGUCAUAAGAAAUGGGUGUUUUCCGUGAAUGGAAACCAAUUUGAACGGUAAUCGAGGUUAUUUACUUAUAAGUAAACGGUUACGUAAGAUGGCUACUUAGUUUGCAAACCGCUCUUUUUGAGAGGCGUAGCUCCUGUUUACUCAUUUCCUUAUAAGUUACUGGAACAUGAUUGGUUAGCAUGUGAGAUAACGUGUUUUUUGAGGCGGCUAUUUUAUGCGAAACCUUUGAAUCCUUUUUUGUCGUUCACAAGCGCAAUUUUUUGUAAUUACUAGGAAUGAAGCCCUGAAGAUGUGCUCCAUCGCUUAAUCUACUUUGUGUGCAAAUUGCUUACUGAUUGUGAAGUGAUCGCGGAGGAAUUAGCUUCAUUGGGUUGAGAACAGUCAGUUUGAAAGUGUUAGCGUACUUAGGCGGUGUUACUUGACUUCUGCACUGUAAAUAAGGGUGCAGCUAUCGACAACUGCCUUGAGCUGUAGGCAAUUACAUCAACGUGUUAUUUUUGUGUUUGUUAAUGUGCAUGUACAUCUUGUAACUUAAAACAUGCAUCUCAUUAUUGACAUUUUAGGGGUCGUGAAGUGAUAUGGAUUUGAAGAAGAUUUUCGCAAUUGAUGGUCGCAAGGGGGAGUACUGAUCUCGUUUCACACACAAAUUGUAGAAAAAUUCAGGCUUCAUGUAUACUUUAAACAGCAUUUCACACAUCACAUGUUUAAAAAGGAAAACUUCAAAUCUCUCUUUUUGUGUGUGAGGUUUCAGGUUUAAACAAACUGAAAAACGAUUCACAAGUCAUAUGUAUUUCUAGAGCCAAAUCAUACCUCGCAUUUUUUCAUUAAUUUGUAAAUCAUUCUCGCCUUUCUUUAGAAUAUUUAAAUCAGAUUAAUUUUGGUCACUUAUUAACCCUUCGGUACCCACAUGCAAAAAAUUGCAAUAGUAGCAAAUUAGUGACAAUCAAGGAAAAAUUGUUGACAUAUUGACCUUUUCAACCCCAAGUUACUUCAAUUUUAUCUCUUUUGCCUUUGUUAAAUAAACCUAUUCACCCCCCUUACGAUUCCAUGAACCUUUAGCUAUUCAUAUAGGCAUCAGUUAAUGGUGGUGGGGGUGGACCCUGUGAUGAUUUAGAGUGUGGUUGAAAUGGGAGUGUUAUUCUACACAUUAAUAGAACUCUUUAAAGAUAAUGUGCAAAGCAAGCCCUUUGCAUGAAUUAAUGUAAAUCAUGACUCAUUUGUAAGGAUCUGUGUAGUGAAGAACUUGUACUCGCUUACUUUUUUAGUGCUGAUAAAGAUAAAAAGGGAAAGAAAGAGAAGGAAGAAAAACCACCAGCUGUACCAUUACUCAAACUUGUAAGUUGGUGUUAAUGAUGCAACUAGAUAAUGUUUUGGUAUAAUCAUACUAUCUGUUUGUCAUUGUCUUUCUUGUUGACAAUUUAGCUUAAAAUUAACCUGUACUUUCCCAAUAAGGAUAGGCUCCAAUGGUUAAUUUUCGUACAGAGCACUUCUUGUCAACAAAAUGUGUCGAAAUAAAUUCAAACAGUCACUAAUCAAUCACAACUUAUACUGUGGCUUGCCUUGAGAAACUGGAUUAUGUGUUCUUUAGGAACAUAAAGAUGCAAAAAGAGAACUUGGCCAAUAUCUAGCCAUCUUAACCUCAUGCCCUCAGCUAGUAUACAAUACUAGAUAGAAUGACAUCAUUGGAAAAGCUGAUAAAAGUUUAAAAAUAAAUGAAAGUUGAUGGUUGAUUUUUCUUAUUUACCAUUGAAAAUGAAAACCAGUAAUUAAUAAUUAUUUGGACUGAAUGUCAUCAUUUUGGUGCCAGAGGCACAAAUUACUAUGCACGAUAUAGUGUCAAAGGAUUGAACAUGUAUUUUGAAGUGAAAUGUAGCAUGCAAAAAAGUGUAAGAUAUUACUUUUGCUCUGAUAGAGUUAGAUUGUGUCUUCAGUUUGGCUCUUUUAUAUUUGAUAAAAAGAACCUUGUAGAUUAAAGCUAAUUCAGUUUUCUCCAGGUUGUUACAGUACAUUGUUGAUCAUGUAAUGUACACACUAUUAGGUGUGAAACACAUACUUAUUAAGCAAAAAGGCAUGCUAUAAGUAGUUUAGCUCUGCCCCUUGGUUUCAGCUCAAAUGUACUAAUGAUCCAAUAUGGCAUUACCAUUGUUGAAGAGAGGCCUUAAACAUGUCUAUAUCUUUCCUUUUUAUUUUGAUGGUCAUUUACAUUCAGUAUUUGGAAACAGACUUGAGAUUAUGCCAUGGUAUUAUUACAUAAUGGUAAAGCGAGUCAAUUCAAAUUUCAAAUUGACUGCCACAAAUAAAGAUGGUUUCCACCAGAGGAAGGAGAUAGAAACCUCAACACAUUCUUCCAUUGUGAUGAAAAUGUAGAAACUUAUUAGUAAGAGCUUUUGAAAAAAUUGGCUGCUGUUCACUCACUUUGGCUCAGCUGUAGCUCAGGCUGUUUGAAUCUGUAGGUUUUUCUACAAGUGAAAAAAAAUAAUGGUUGAUUGACAAAUGAUCCAGAGGUACCUAAGGCACCUCUCCUUUUAUAGUGGGCUUUCAUGUUCUAAGAAACUCAAAGACACUCAUUGUGAUUAUGUGGUGCACAUGUCUUGCUACUCAGUGACAGGGUUAUAGGCCCUAUUAGAAGGGGGUCUGAGUAUCCUUUAUCCUAUUAAUUUUUUUGGCCUAAAUAUUGGGUAUCCUGUCAAGUCCUUUGGUUUCAAUCAUCCACUUUGACAUCACUAAGUCUCUGUUUUAAUAUCCUGAAUCCCAUUAAUUUUUCCUCAAGUAUUACAAAUUUCCUAUAUCUGAUAAGCCCAAAUUUUCAUAUUGUUUUUCAGUUUCGAUUUAGUGAUAAAGUAGAUGUUCUGCUCAUGGUAUUGGGAACCAUAUCAUCAAUUGGCCAUGGUGCAGCUGUUCCACUACAGUUCAUUAUCUUUGGUGACCUUAUCAACAGCUUCAUUAAUUUUGACAAAUUAAAAUCAGAUACCAACACAAAGCCAUUUGAUCUUGAAGGAGAGAUGACACAAUUUGCCUUGUACUAUGUCUAUUUAGCUAUUGGAAACAUGGUUGUUGCGUAUGGUCAGAUGGCAUUUUGGUCUCUUACUGCUACUCGACAAGUGAAAAAAAUGCGUUUAGCUUUCUUUCAAUCUGUGCUUAAGCAAGACAUAGGUUGGUUUGACACAACUGAUCCAGGAGAACUCAACAGUAGGCUCACUGAGUAAGUCCCAUAUUUUGAUUUAAAAUGUCUGACUAACAAUAGGAUUACAAUAAUUUUCCUACAGGCUCAUGCAAUUUUGUUGUCUUUGAACAAUUUACUUGACUUACCUAUACUCAUUGUACUCAUUAUUAUUAUUGUGAGUAGUGUGCAUGUACUCAGAUAUCAUGAAUGUCACUUGCUAUAACAUAUGCUUUAAGUAUGGAGAGGUGUAGGCAUAUGAUCUUUGUUGCACAUAUUUUGCAACCAACAUGAAUUUAAAAUUGAACAAACACAUUAGGAAUUAUUACAAAUUUAAAAAGAUUACCAUUUAUGAUGGAAAAUUGCAAAAUUAUUACAUAUCAAGUCUUGAAUGUAGAAGGAAAUUACCAUCAGAAGACAACAAAUUUAAGAUAGUUCUCACUAUUAAUUUCUCAGAGACCUUGACAAAGUAAAUGAUGGCAUCGGUCAGAAAAUUGGUAUGUUCCUUCAAGCCAUCACAAUAGUUCUUGUUGGCUUCAUUAUGGGAUUUGUUUAUGGUUGGAAAUUAACCCUUGUAAUAAUUGCUGUCAGCCCUCUUCUGGUUAUUGCAGGUGGACUUAUGGCAAAGGUAAAUGUAAAUGUUUAUAAACCAAUUUUUUGUACUGCAAACAACCAUUCCUUUCUGACAAAGGGCAAUAGUUUAGAAAUAUGACAGAUUUCUUUGUCCCACAGUCGCUGUUUGUAGGUUUUACCUGAUCUUACACAUAGUGCAACAGCUUACCGGUUAUGUUGAACUACAUGAACAGUAGAAACUAAUACAUUCAGCCAAAAUUUUGAACUCAAAGUCAAAAGAUUAUGCAUAAUGACAUAGCUCCCUAUAUAACAUACAGCAAUUGAAAUUAGCUUUUUGCUAGCUUUCAUGCAUGUAAUUAGUCUCCUCUACCAACCAAAACACAAUUUUAAGCAAGUUCAAUAACACUGAUGGUAUACCUACGUUACUUAAAGUAGACAUCAAAUUUCUGUGAAGUGAAGUGUUCCAGAAUUUUCUUGUAACAUUUUUAAAAUUAGUGUUUUGUUUUUUCAUGAUGAGUGUGAAUUUGUUAAAUUCCAACACAUGACUUCCCUUAAAACAUUAGUCAGAAAACACUUAAUUACUUUUGAACUGUGGCAGAUGUUGUCUUCGAUUACAACCAAGGAGCUUGACGCUUAUGCUAAAGCUGGUAGCAUAGCAGAAGAGGUACUUUCAUCAAUCAGAACUGUAGCCGCCUUUGGAGGGGAGAGGAAAGAAAUUGAAAGGUAUGAACACACCUUGUUGAACACUAUAUAUAGACAAAGAAGAAAGAAGCUGAAAUAAUUAUUUGUUAAUUGGUUGGUUGAUAAAUAAAUUGAUUGAUGCAGUAAUUUGUUGAUUGCUUCAUGCACUGAUUGCUUGAUUCCUUGGUUCCUUGACUUCUUUAUUUCUAGACUGAUUGAUAUCUAGAACAAGGCUUGCAUAGCUACCUGGGAGAUUUUAGGUCAUGUUCUUCAGAAACCUCCCAUAUAGCUUAUUAUUCCACUAGUAGGUCAUUAUUAGUGCUUUCAAUAACACCUGGUACCAGCGGGAGCUCCAGCAGGUAUUCUAUUGUGAAUCACCUGCCAUACUUUGGAAGCUUUCAAGCAAACUCACGAAGUGAGUCCAUACACAUACGCAUUUCCACAAUUCAGUUUAGAUCAGUAGCACAGUUCUGAUGUUCAAAAGCGUAACAUUGCUGUAAAAUUGAAAAAUUUAUUUAAGAACCAAUUCUUGUUAGAAUUAAGUCAGAAAGUGAAGGAAAUUGGUUCCUAUCUUGAAAUUAUGUCAUUUCGGUCGAUUCAGACGCAUUUCAAGCAAAUUUUAUAUUACCCAGGAUGCAAUGCGGCCACGCCCUUUUUUUUUUUUUUAAUUUUUUUUUUUUUUAAUGCAUAAAUACCGUGUUUCAAGGAAAAGAUUUUUUUUCUCGCCACAUCUGAAUCCUAGAAACUCUAGACUCCUUAAUCUUUGCAUUUAAUUUCACGGCCUUGUGCUUGCGAACAAAACAGCACUUGACUGCAUGCUUGAAACAUGCGGUAUGUACUUAGGAAGUUUCCCACUCAUUUCCUCACCUGAUGUAAUAUUUUACUUCUUAAUAAGGAAAUCUAAAACAGUCCUUAUUGAUUAAGUAGACUUUGGGAUGAUUUGGAAGUAAAGGAAGCCGUCAAAAUGACAAGAGCGUCGCGCUUUUUUUUGCUAUAAAUUCGAUCGCGUAUCUUCCUGAGGAUCAAAAUUGUAGACCUAAUGUUUCGGAUGAACUUAAAUGCUAAUAUUUUCGUCGGCUUUUAACGGAUUCGAUCGAGUUUGGUACCAAAAUUUAGCUUGUCAUUUGAGCAUUUUGUUUAUGUCAACGUUGAAUGCUCCAGUGCACUUGUCGCAAAUAAUACGAUUAGGAAAUUCAUUGACUGGUACUAUCGCGCGGCAGAUCACAGCGCUCGCCAACUGUUUCGGACGCAGAAAAAAAUUCAUAUCUCGACAACGUUUCAACAAAAACACAAAAAAACGAAAAGAAAUUGAAAAUAAACUUAUGAGCAUUGAAUUUUGAGAUUAAAUUGUUCUGUAACUCAGGAAUUAUGACUCGCAAAAUGAAUUUAAAAUUAUCUGUCUCUCCUAAGCUUUAAAGCGUGAUGCAUCAAGUGGUGAACACUUUCGUCGAUUUUAAGAAAGAUUUAGCUCAAAUUUUCAGGAUUUUGGCUGCCACUUUGCUUAAAAAGGAACUAUUUUCAUUAUCUGUUAAGUCUUACGGUUAUAUACGAGGCUUCAGUGGGCAAAAACAGGAAAACAGUGAAUAGUGAAGCCGACGCAUGUUACGCGUGACGCCAUGUUUUUGUCGCUAACUUUACAAUUCGGCUCCAAUUCAAUAUUUUCAGAGAUCCUUUAUUCUACCUCUGUUUAGUCCAAAACUAUCUUUAACACAUGUGUAACAAUUGUGGGAAGUCUCAAGAUCUGAUCAUUGUGCGCCGAGAAAUUCUUAAAAGAUUCGAGCAAAUCCGUGAUUUUUCAAUUUGUACGUGACAAGUGUGCUACUGAUCUUAUUUACCUACUUUUGGCAUCAAAAGUUGGCCAUUUCUCCCUUCUACUUACCAUUACCGUCUAAAUUCUCAUCACAUUCAUUCCAAGUGUCCUAUUUAAGGGAUUCAAUCUAUUAUUUAAGAUUGCCAAGAACCCAUACUAAAGAAACACAAUUUACAUCUGAUCCUCAGCAAAAAAUAUAGAAAACAAGAAUUCACUCAUAACCAAUUAGUGCUAAGUAAUUUUGAUCUUAAGUAAUAUUUGGAUCCAAUUUGGAAUUGCAUAAACACCGUUUAUCAAACAAGUGUGUCAAUCUCUGUUUAAUCAGUGUGACUCAUAAGUUACCAAGCAAAUUUUCAAAAAGAGGUUCUCCCUGAGUAUUGUAUAUUGUGGCAUUUAAAGUGCAAGUUGACAGAUCUGCUGUCGAACGUGGAGAAAAAGUGUACUGUAGACGAAAGUUAAGCCUGAAACAUUCAAACAAUCCUGGACAUCCAGCUAAUUAACUUUUAAAAAAUACUUUGUGUUUGUCUUGUCACAAUAUGCAAUGAUGGCUCACUGAGAUUUGAGGGUAAAACAUUUUACUGUUAGAUAAAUAGUGGGCUGAAAUUAAGACUGUGUGAUGAGGUUUGUGCACUAUUUGACAGCAAUAAACUGUAAUUGUUUACAUUUCAGUAUUCAUGGACUUUCACUCCUAGUUAAUCCUAGAUUUAAAUAUCUGACGGCCAAAAAAAAUACAAAAAUUGAUGAACUUAUGUAAAUUAUCCUUGUAGGUGUACUUGUAUUAUCAAAAAAAUGUUGCAAUUGUGCCAAGUGGGUGUUAGAACAUAGUAGUCAACCAAUGUCCAACCACAGAGAAGGAUUUAAAGUUAAUAUCCCUUUUUUCUGCUUUAGAUAUUCAUCGCAUUUGGGAGAAGCCCGAGACUUUGGCACUAAGAAAGGUCUCAUGUCUGGUUUUGGCAUGGGCUUUUUUCAAGUCAUCAUGUUUGGCAGUUAUGCCUUGGCUUUUUGGUAUGUAAGAAAAAGAGGAAGUUAUAAGGGAACUGAAUGAAUUUUGCACCUGAGUGAAAUUUAACACUUCUUAAAUUAAUUUCCAUUAGUUAAAAUAAACAAAGGAAAAACAGAAAAUUUUACUUGUACGCCAUCAGACACACUCCUCAGAAGCCACGGUGUCACUUCACCCACUGUCUAUAUUUUAGCAUGCCUUGCAUUCACAAUGAUGUAUUGUUACUUCUUACAAAUGAUUGCUAUCUUCCCAAUUAGAUGUGAUGUAUGAUUGUUCUGUAGGUAUGGUGCAAAGUUAAUCAUUGAUGGAGAAAUGAAUGGAGGCGACCUGCUCAUUGUAUGAAGCAUUUUGUUUGAUACAAGAAUUUUGUUUGAUAACAACAUUUAAGAGUUUAAAAGUAUAUUUGGAUGAAACCUUCUAUUUAUUUCUUCUCUCAUGUGAAAUACCAUUAUUUUUAUUCCCUUUAACUGCAUUGAUAGUUAGUGGAGUUUUUAACAUGUAUGCUGAAAUGUGUGUAUACUAUGAUCAGUAGCACGCUUGUCACGUACAAAUUGAAAAAUCACGGAUUUUUUUGUUUUUUGGUGUUUUUGUUGAAACGUUGUCGAGAUAUGAAUUUUUUUCUGCGUCCGAAACAGUUGGCGAGCGCUGCGAUAGUACCAGUCAAUGAAUUUCCUAAUCGUAUUGUUUGUGACAAGUGCACUGGAGCAUGUCAACUUUGACAUUAACAAAAUGCUCAAAUGACAAGCUAAAUAAUUGGUUCCCAACUUGAUCGAAUCCGUUAGAAGCCAACAAAAAUAUUAGCAUUUAAGUUCAUCCGAAACAUUAGGUCUACAAUUUUGAUCCUCAGGAUCAUAUGCGAUCGAAUUUAUAGCAAAAACAAGCGCAAUGCGUUUGUCAUUUUGACGGCUUCCAUUACUUCCAAAUCAUCCCAAAGUCUACUUAAUCAAUAAGGACUGUUUUAGAUUUCCUUAUUAAGAAGUAAAAUAUUACAUCAGGUGAGGAAAUGAGCGGGAAACUUCCUAAGUACAUACCGCAUGUUUCAAGCAUGGGGUCAAGUGCUGUUUGUUCACAAGCACAAGGCCGUGAAAUUAAAUGCAAAGAUUAAGGAUUCUAGAGUUACUAGGAUUCAGAUGUGGCGAGAAAAAUACCACAUUCCUUGAAACACGGUAUUAAUGCAUUUCAUGGGUAAUAGAAAAAUUUUCUUGAAAUGCGUCCGAAUCGACCGAAAUGACAUAAUUUCCAGAUAGGAACCAAUUUCCUUCACUUUCUGACUUAAUUCAAAUAAGAAUUGAUUCUUAAAUCAAUUUUUCAAUUUUACCCCAAUGUUACGCUUUUGUACAUCAGAACUGUGCUACUGAUCUAUAUACAAAUCUGUUUGAGGUUACUGUCAACCAAAUAGGGUGGGUUCCAAAGAAAUCAUUCUACGCUACUACUUAAAGAAAAGCAGAAGGAAAAGUGAGCAAAUCAAGCUUGGAAAAAGAAAACCUAACUGUGAUUUCUUUGGCUUGGGCUCUCUCAUUCUCCAAAAUGUGCUAGAAAUUCCUUUUUGUCAUGCAGUGCAAGAUCCUAGACAAAAGCCUGUGGCAAAUAUCAACACUCUGCUGGAGGUCUUUCCAAUUGUGACACUUUUUGUUCUUUGGAACAGGUUCCCCAGAAACAUUCUUUCAGCCAUAUCUCACAAUAUUCUUCAGAUGUGACAAUUUUUUUGGCAAAUGAUACUUACCUGCUUUCUCUAACUAAAGAGCAAGAAAACUAAUUUCAAAAAUUUUGACAAGAUUUUGUUGACAGUAGCCUUAAAUUGCAGUCAUGGAGAAUGUUUGUUGUGGAGACACCUUGAAAAAUGUGUUUAUGAUCUGACCUUGGAGCCCAGUAGCCUUUUUUUUAAACAUUUGAAUCACAGUAUAUCUUAAAUUUCCAGUAUUACAAUUUUGUUUGGAAUGAUUUCUUCCCUAACCCAUUAAAGUAAUUCAAUAGGGAUGUGUAUGGUUUCUGUUAUUAAGUUCAUGCAUGUAGGAAGGCAUUACUUUCAUUUUUUUUUGUUUUUUGUUGUUGUUGUUGGUCUAGGUGUUCUUUUCAGUUAUGUUUGGAGCUAUGCAGCUUGGUCAAGCUGGUCCAAACUUUGAGUCCAUAGCAACAGCACAAGGAGCAGCAUAUAAAGUUUUUCUUGUUAUUGACAGGGUAAAUAGCCAUUAACAGUAUGGCAUCAUUGUCAUUGCAAAAGAUAAAGCUGUGCAAAUGCAAACUCAGCAACUUUUAUUUUCAAUUAGGCAUUCAUAUUAAGUUUCAGGUUUUUUCCAACUGUUUUUGGCUUCACUUUCAGAGACUUUCAGAAAACCUCAGCCCUUUCAAUAUGAUAUUUUUUUCCUCAGAAAAAUCAAUUGUCUCAAUUUUUUAUGUCAUGACAAAUUAAAGUUACCUGAGUUGUGGAAUGGGCUAAAAUUUCCUCCUUUAAAAUUCUGCCAAAUCCUUAGAUGUGUAGCACAUCAGCAAUAAGAUAGGGUUAAAAUAAUGUCCAUUAGUGAGCUGGUAAAAUAUCUCAUUAGGAUUUUUACAGUGCUUGAAUGAAAAUACAUUUUGACAGAUCUUUUGCUGACAAACUUCAAAUCUGUGACUUGUAAUUGUCUGAUACAUCAUACUUUUCCAUUUAAUUGUGCUGAGUGUGGUACUGAUGAUUCGCAACAUUUCUACCAAAUAAAGUUGCAGGAUAUCCUUUAUUUUUAUAAUAACUAUUUUUACUCUACAACUGUGUUCACAGGAAAAACAAAAAUUUUCUGGUGAUGAUUGAUUCUCAUGGCAGUAAGUUUUAUUAAUUUUUAACUUUGCUUUUGCUUAAUGUAAUGAAGAUUCCUCCAAUUGACUCAAGUUCUGCUGAUGGUGAAGUGCUAGAUCACAGUUCUUUCAAGGGAAACAUACUUUUUAAGAACAUUGAAUUUUCCUAUCCAUCCAGACCAGAUAUAAAGGUUAGUUAUAUGUAUUUGGACAAUUCUCCUGGUGGUAUUAUAGGAUGGUCAACCCAUUUUUUUUUUUUUUAACUGAAUUCAAAGGCCUGUAGGAAGAAUUCCAUUUGGAGGUGCUUAGUUUUGUUUUGUUUUUGCUUGUUGUUGUUGUUGUUUUUUUAAUAUUCACUGCCAUUUUUUCUUAGCAAGAAUAAUUUCAAAUGUACACAACAUGGGAAAUUUAUUGUCCUCUAAUUUGUCUUUAUAAAAGAAGGACUUUCAGCAAGUGUAUGAAAUAAAAUUUUGCUUGUAUUUAGAAAGAGUAUAAAGUUAAGUGUGCUACAUUUAAGUACAACUGGCUUAAAGGUAUCUUAGGUAAAGACAUUUAGUACAUGUUUGAAAAUUUACAAAACCUCUGUUUGACCCACUUUGUAUAAGGGCAUUUCUCCAAUCUAUCCUAAGUUCUCUUGUGUAAGUGAUUUUUGAAGGUUCAGGUAUUUCUUUUGUCAUGGUUUUGGUCAGUUUCCAACAGGGUAAUUCUUUCCUUUGCUUUCACUACCACAUUGCCUCUGUAAGAGAAUUGCAACAAUCUGCCUAUCUUUGAAAUUUUGCAGUAUUUUGCGCAUUCAUCUCCUUCAUCUCUCACUUUAGUCACUCUCCAAUGUUCCAAUGCUCCAUAUCUUUCCUAACAUUUUUGUUUUUGUAUAUUUUUCCUCUCUUUUCCUCCCUUAAAGCCUUAUGGCUUUUGCUUCUUGUUACUACUUUGGUAAAUUUUGAUACGAUUAUGGUCUACUAACAAUUCUAGAAUUGUAAGAUUGAUAUACUGGUAAUACUGUGGAGAAGGUAACUUGAUAUUGAAUUGUCAGCACGUCAUGUAAUCUGUUUUUCAGACUUUAAAUGGCUUAGACCUGACUGUUGAAAGUGGACAGACUGUGGCAUUGGUGGGUGAGAGUGGCUGUGGAAAGAGUACAGUAGUGAAGCUUUUACAGAGGUUCUAUGACCCAAGUGGUGGUGAGGUGAGAUCUUAUGAUUCUCUGACACUUUUAGCCCACAGACCCUGAUUGGUUUGGCUCCAUCAUCAUUAUCAUUAUUCCUUUUAUUGGUGCUAAUAUUUUAGCAGACAGUAGUAAUUUCUUGUAGUAAAGGGUUGAACUUAGGGGUAACAUUUGAUCAUGUAGCCUGAGUAUGAUGAUGUUUCAAUUACUGUAGUGGGUGUCAUUGUCAUUGUCAGUGUCUCACCUAUGAGGGUAACUUCUGUAAAGUUUGUCAAAAAAUCAGUCACUAUCAUAGGCAAUUCCUACCCUGGUAAUCAGACUACUUGAUCAAAGAGUAAUCUCAGAUUAAAACUUGAUGGCUAAUUUUGUUUUUCUAUAAAUUAAAGAGUAAAAUGUACUUUAUCCUCUUAGGAAAGGGAAAUAAUCAAUCUAGUGACAAAAGAUACAAAAUGUUACUAGGCAUGUGUACUGCUCUUAAAAACAAAAGAGAGCUAAGUUUUCCCCAAACCAAAAUAUUUCAACUGAAGAGAAGUGCAGUUCCAAUGCUUGCUGGGUAAUAAUGUACUUUUUUAUUAUCAUGAAGGUAACUGUUGAUGGCUAUGACAUUCGCAAUUUGAACCUAAAGUGGUUACGUGAGCAAAUUGGUGUUGUGAGUCAAGAGCCAAUUCUUUUUGCCACCACAAUAGCUGAGAACAUCAGGUAUGGUAAAGAUGGCGUGACACAGAAGGAUAUUGAAAGAGCAACAAAGAUGGCAAAUGCCCAUGACUUCAUUCAAAGACUCCCACAAGUAAGUAGAAAUUGUUUCACAAAAGGCAUUAGCACUCUGCAAGUUUGUCCACUGUAACUUCCUUCCCAGUCAAUUAAGAGUAGUGGAUGCAUGAGAUAUCCUAGGGUUUUCAACAUUUCUAUAUCCAACCCCAGAUAGAUUAUUGCCCCUCUAUAUCCAAAUUUGCCCCCAGGCAACUAUCAACACUGACUAGAUCAUUUGAAAACAAAUGCUGCCCCUAUUGAAAUCAUCUUCUACAUACACUGCAAAUAAACUCAAGAAUAAAUUUCCCAGGUGCCCAAAACCAGGCAACUAAUGGGAUCCCGCCAAUUGCAUCAACACUGACUAGAUCAGUGUGGGAGGUGGGAAAAGGAAGGUUUGGAUGGGGAGGAGAAGGGGAACACUUGAAAACAAAUGCUGCAAAACUGCAAAAACCUAUUGAAAUCAUCUUCUACAUACACUGCAAAUCCUUGAGAACUCAAGAAUCUAUCAAGAUGAAGUUGCAACAUUCCCAGUGAACCUGUACAGACAAUGAGCACUGAAGAGUAGAGCUUGCUGAUCUUCUGGUGGUAAAUUUUGUUACAAUUUCUACUUAAUGAAAUUUAUGAUUGCUUUUCUCUACUUCUUUGUUUUGCAGGGCUAUGAUACUCUUGUUGGUGAACGUGGAACUCAACUCAGUGGAGGACAGAAGCAACGUAUUGCCAUUGCACGAGCUCUGGUAAAAGAUCCAAGGAUUUUGUUGUUAGAUGAAGCAACAUCAGCACUGGACAGUGAAAGUGAAUCAAUUGUACAAGCUGCUUUGGAUCAAGUGAGUCAUUGAUGCCUUUAUAUCAUGAAUGUAUUGCUUUUCCCACGCUUGUCAAGAAAUCCUCUUGACAUAUUCAGAAAUAGAAAAGGGUGACUAAAUAUUAAAUUGAAUCAACUUAUAUAAUUAAGCGUUUUCUCAUAGCUAUAGUGUCACCAUAUUUUAUUCUCAAUGCUAUGAUUUUCCUUAUUUUCUAGGCUCGUCAGGGUCGAACAACCAUUGUGAUUGCUCAUCGUUUGUCAACAGUUCAGAAUGCAGAUGUUAUAGCUGCCAUACAGGGUGGUGUGGUGGUUGAGAAAGGAAGCCAUGAUGAACUCAUGCAGACUGAUGGAGUUUAUCACCAACUUGUCACAUUACAGGUACAUAUUUUAGAUCUACUUCCUGAUCUUUCUUGUUUAGCAGUGUUUAAAGUUAAUGUGUAACUGCCACUUUGCUCAUAUUAUACGGACCUGACUGUUUGUAAUCUUAUCAUUGGGCUGUAAUUGAGGAAAUUAUAACACAAGCAGAGAUGGAAAUCACCAAAGAGAAAAUGAAAUUGACUGUCCAUGUUUUGAAGGUUUCCACCCUGUCGUUUCAUUAUGUACAGUAAUAAAACUCACACACAGCAAAAACUUGUAUAGUUUAUACUAACAGUUUCGUGUUCACAAACUAAACAGAACAAAACAGAAAUUAUGAAAAAUGUUACAUAACAGACAUAACUGUUAAAAUUUUUUACAAAUAAUGGAGUCAGAGCAACUACAAUCAUGCUGUGGUCCAUCCCAGCUAGCUCAUCAUGGGGAUCUCAAGUCAUUAAAGAGAAGCAAGCUUCAGAAAUUACAUUUACAUCAUCAAGAACAACUGAGAGCUUGCUCUGAUAUACUUUCCAAUGUGUUGAGUGGAAGGCCACAUCAGUCCCUGAGCAAUGUUCAUGUUCCUGUGAAUUCAGCUGUGAUUCAUUCAUAACCACAGGGGUUGAGCACUUUGUUUUCUAAUCUUCGUGUUGAAAAACUUGCCUGGUUUUCAUGAGCCACAAUUCAGCAGGACUUCACAAAACACUUUACUCUCAGAUUCUGUAUGUAGACUGAGAAACUACAAGCAAAAGGGUUGAAUUUGACUUGUGGAACUAUUUCAGUUUGGAAAUAUGAUUCUGAACUUUGAUCAUUUGAUAUUUCUGACAGCUUUAGUCAUUUUUAUCAAUCAGAUUUUUUGCACCAUUUUAACAAUGAUCUGAUUGGAUUAAUGUGGCACAGUUUAUGACAGUUUAGAAUAUGCUGACUACACUAUAGAGUGAAUAGAAAAGCCUUGACUGUGUUCCAUUCUUUUGUGAAGCACUUAUGAAGCAGCCAGAGCACUCAAGAAGUAGGGGCGGGGAGACACUCAACUAUGUCACAUACAUUCUCUACAUAUCUCAUCUCUUCUAUACACAAGGGUCUCCACCCAGGCUAACUCGAGGGCAUCUGAGUAGCUAUCAGCACAUGGGAAAAUUAUCUUAAGUGCCCUUUUCUGUAUGGAUUCAAUUUUGGAAGACAGAUAACCUGGAAUGAAUUGCCACACUGGCAUGGCAUACUCUAGAACAGACCUAACAGAGCUUGUAUAGACCUUUAACAUGCCACCUUGAUCAAUGCCAGCUCAACAUAGCAUACAUAGGGAGUAGAGCUUUUUGCAAGCUUUUUAUAUAUGUAGUCAACAUGACUAUUCCACUUUAGGUCGUUAUCGAUAAAUACUCCUAGAAUCUUGUAAGUAGCGACACGUUUUAUACUGUUGUUACAAACAACUUAUGGUCUGAGAGUAAAGUUAGGAUAUAACAUAAAGUUUAUUAACAUCUCUUCACAUUUAAUAGGGUUUAAGAUUCACCUUUUUUCUACCUCUGUUCAAAAGCUUCAGUCUUGGGCAAUUACCUUAUUGAUAAAAUAUACAUAUUCACAAUUUUGUUCUAAAAACCUGGUUCACUUUUAAGUGAAGAUCAUGGUAGCACCAGAACCGAUGCAUUAGAAAUAGUGCAAUCCUGUUGCUAAAAUGUAAGGCCAUGUGCAGGAACUGUUUUAUGUAUCUGUAAGGUUGAUGAGAAACAUUAGAAGGCAAUGAAUUCUUUGGUGGGUCUCAUUGGAAGAACUGAGCUGUAAUUAUUGUUGUUUUAGCAUUGUUUAUUAUUAUUUCAUAGACUUUUGAGGAGGACAAAGAGGACAAAGAAAUUGGUGAUAAUGAUAAUGAAACAGAGGACAUUGAGGAUAAAGGUAGGAAGGAAAGCUGACAUCAAACAAAAAGACAUAAAAUGUUGGAAAGAUAUCAUUGAAACAAACAUGUAAUACAAUAAUACAGUAUUUAUCCAGUAAAACCAAAUAACAACUAGUACGGUAAAGAUAUUGACAACUGUUUUUGCAAUAUUUUAGCAAUGAUAUGAGUGCAUGUUGCUUCAUUCACCUUUUUAUGAACAUUUUCUGAUUCUUAGAACAGACAGCAGCAGUGAACUUUAUGCGCAGCAUGUCCCAUAUGUCGAGUGACAGUGAGCACGAAGACACUGAGCUUGAGAGGAAGCUCUCAAGAAGAGCAUCACAAAGAUUGUCUGCCAAGAGGAGGGGCAGUUCUGCAUUUGAUCGGCCAGCCUCUGCGAAGUCUGUGGUAUGUGCAUGUAUUCGGUGUUGACUUGCAGACUCAUAGGCUGACUUUAUGUUGCAUGGAAAAAAGGAUGCAAAGUUAUCACAAGAUUAAAUUACAAGAAUCAGUCAUUGACCAUAGGCCUUACAAUAAAUUAGUUUCCUCUACAGAGAAAAUUUCAAGUUAUCUUCUUAAAAAAAUAAGGCAAGUUAAAACUAAGUCAAUGGACAAUGUAGCAAUUUCACCAUAUUGAUAUUGGGGGCAGCAAGGGAAGUUUGCAGGCUGGGGUAUUGUAUGGAGCUUUUUUCUCAAUUUGCUCAGCUACUUUGCUGGCUAUGUUUCCCCAACCUCACCCCCUCAACUCUUUGGGUAAAUAUUUAUGUCAGAAACUUGGUCAGAAACUUGGUCAGAAACUUGGUCAGAAACUUGGUGGUGUGUUGUUGGUUGCUUGGAGGUUGGCUGUGACUUGGUGCCUUCUUUGCUUUGACAAAGUGUUUUGUUGAAAUAAAAGGAAAUAACAUGAAAUACAUGUGUAGUCAGUUAUCAGCAUUUCUGACAAUUUAAUAAAUGCAUAUUCUGCAAAAUAUCUCUCUAUCUACAAGUUCCCACCAAAAAGAAUCAGUAUUGCAAAAACUAUAAAAUUAGAAAAAGAAAAUAUUAUUUAUCAAAAGGAGGCAGAAGUUUAGGGUUGGUUUUUUUUAGAAGAAAUGUGCUGUAACCUAGCAGAGAAUAACAGUUCAAAAUACAUUUAUUUCUGGGUAAUGAAUAACAAAUUAACAAAAUAAGUCCCCAGCUGAGCAGAAACUUUGCUCAUAGCAAACUACUAUUUAAAUUUUUGUCUUUAAAAUUGGAAAAAUGGCCAAUCAUAUUUUUAAACUUAUGAAAUUUUAAUGGUACCUGAUAGUUAAUUAUUCGGUUAUCAUAUGAAUGAGUGUUUGAAUUCAGUUGUUGCUGAGAUAUUGAAAUGGAUAAAUUGACAGUGAUCAUUCAUUUCUGAAGCACUAUUACAGUGAAUAGCAGCAGAGAAAACAUUAUAAUUCAUAGUCCUUACUCAUUAAUGUUGCAAGUAAUCAUUUGAUUGCAAUUUUGCUUGUUUCUUUUUUUUCUUAUAAUUAAUGUUUGUUGCAUCCAGGUAAUUGCAGUAGUAUUAGUCAUUAAUUGUUGUCACAAAUAUUAGGGUAAGAAUGACAAAGAUGAUAAAGAGAAAAUUUUGGAGGAGGAAGUGGAGCCAGCUCCUGUGAUGCGUAUUAUAAAGUUAAACAAAGCAGAAUGGCCAUAUUUGGUAUUAGGAAGUGUAGCCGGGGCCAUAAAUGGAUUGUUCCCAUUUGCCUUUGCAUUGGUUCUGUCUGAAAUUCUUGAGGUAAACCAUAUAAUGGCUGCAAGCCUUAGCAAAGAAUAACACUAGUUUUGAUGACAGUGGCAACCAUUGCUAAACCACGCAUACUUACUGAAAAACCACUUUGAAAAUUUUAAGACAUAGUUGUGUUCCUGUCUCAAAUUUUUCAAAGUGCUUAUUCAGAUCCACAUCAAUUGAAAUAGACCAUUUAACGAUGCUAAAGAUGUUGAUAAUGACCAAACGUUGUUUCUUUGCACUUUUAACAAAUGAGGCAGUGUCAAACUCUCACAUACAAAGUAAUGAAAGGCUCUUCCCUGCCAUAAGGAAAAUUCAUUUGCAUUACCUGUAAUUUUUUUUCAUUUAGUUGUGCCACUGUUUUUUUUUUAAAUUCUUAUUUUUAUUUUAUUUUAUCAUUAUUUUUUUUAGAAGGGUGUGCUCAUACAUGUAAUUUUCAAACUACUUUUAUUUCUCCUUUUUAGGUUUUCACUUUACACGAUAAAGGUGAAAUGAAGAAGCAGUCGGAAUUCUGGUCACUCAUGUUUCUUGCCAUUGGUGUGGCAAGUUUUGUCGCAAAUGUUAUACAGGUUAAAUAUGACUGGAUUUUAUCAUAGAAAUGUAUUUAAUUCUGCAUUAUUUGCUCAUGCUUCUUAGAAUGCAAUUCUCCCAGUUUCAUAGCAAAUGUUGUUUUGUACAACACAGAGUCAAUAUUUGUAACAGUCCUACAUCUGUGCAAUUUAAGUGGCAAUAAUUAUUCAAAUUUCAGUUAUCCAAUUUUUAGUUGACUUUACAUACAAAUCAGAGCAAUACACUGCUAAUACUGCAAAUGUAACACUACUCUGUGCUUAUACUUCCCAGUGUGGUGCAUUACAAGAAUAUUAGUCACUUCUAGGCGAUAAAAGUGUCAUUCUUUUUACUUUGUUAGAGUUUUAUGUUUGCCAAGUCAGGCGAACUGUUAACUUUACGCCUGAGAAAAAUGGCAUUUGAGGCCAUCCUAAGACAGGUCAGUAAUUUACUGGUAAAGUAAUAACGUGUGAGGUGGUAAAUGUGACUAAGCAAAUACAGUACUCACUCCUUCCUCUGAUAGUUUUAGUACUGCGCUAGUCUGGCCUAGUGGCUCGGCAUUUUUAUUGCAAAAGAACGGUAUAACUGUUACAGUAGUCUCGUUCAUUUCUGUGGAACGAAUAUUGUCAAAGACAAAUUUUUAGCAGUUCAGGAGACUUUUCUGUGUUUUCUAAAUUUCUGUUAAAAUAAUCAAUCCAGCUCAGGAAUGGAGAUAGAGAUAGAGAUACUUUAUUAACCACCAUUGCAGCCAUAGGCUGAAUUACGGGAUAUUUACAAAUACUGAUGAUAACAAAAGAGAGAAUAAGAAAAUUUUUCUACAUCUUAUAGACAUGGCUUAAAAUAAAACUGUUCUUCAAACGCUCGGUUUUACAUAGGGGGAGAGUGAAAUCGCUUUUGCGUCUCAGUGCAUAUUUACAACUCUUCCUUUGGGGGAGGAGGCUAUAGAGAUGGUGGGUGGGGUUACAGACGAUCUCGUCAAACAAAUCGAUUGAAAUCUUUUCUCUCCUCUCAUGAAGUUUCGGUAGGCCAACUGUUUCUAGUGCUACACUAUAUCAAAGGUCAGGAUAGAUGAUUCUGAAUGCCCUUCUUUGGAUCCGUUCCAAAUCUUCACUGAUGUAGUUUGGUAGAGAACGAUGGAAUACAGGACUUGCGUAUUCCAGGACGGGCCUAAUACAUGUCACAUAGAGUUGCACCAGUUCACUUGGUGCCACUCCAGAUCUCUUGAGUUGACGUAAAAAGUAGAGACGAGAGGAACAUUUUCUAAUUAGUUCAGAGGUGUGCAUGUUCCACUUUAAAUCAUGGCUAAUGGUCACGCCUAGAAAUUUGGCACUGGUGACUAAUUCAAGGGGUUUGCCAUUUAGAACUAGGGGUUCGAAAUCGUGGUUGCUGUUGGAAAAACCAAUUCGAAGUUCUUUGCACUUGGCCUCAUUCAGUUGGAACCCAUCGAGACUCGCUUGUCUCGAAAGGUCAUCCACAGCUUCUUGGAGUUUGCUCUUAUUACCCUUUGUAACUAUUUCGGAACAAGAUGUAUCAUCCACGUAUUUCCACAUGUCAACUGGUGUGUUCAAGCCAUUAAUCAUGACAAGAAAUAACCAGGGGUCCAGUUUUGUUCCCUGGGGGACACUGGAUGGCACAGAGCGCCAUUCAGAGUGACAAUCCUGAGCAAGUUUAACUCUUUGUUUCCGGUCCAUCAAGAAGUUAACAAUCCAACCUUUGACUUGACUCGGAAUAUCAUAUGUUGUUAGUUUUUGAACAAGAACAAGAAUGGAUGGAUAGUUUAUCAAUUUUUGGAUGUUGUUUCGACAGUAUAUAUGCUGUCUCACUGUCACUGUAUGCUGUCUCACUGAAGUUCACUGCUUCGUUUACUUAUCAGUCUUGUAAUUGUUCAACAGGAUAUGUCGUACUUUGAUGAUCCGCAGCACAGUACUGGGGCAUUGACCACAGCAUUGGGAACACACGCCUCGGCUGUUCAAGGGGUAGAUAUCGCUCUAUUCUAAUGUGUUUUUUUAUUAUAUUAGAUAACUAGUGUUCAAUGGCGCAACCGCUUUAGGGGAAGGGAUGAUAGUCUUCUCAAUUAGGUCAAGAGAGAAUCAGGUUCAUGUGGAGACGUACUCUAUAACAGUUACAAGUUAAACCUAGAGCACAGUUACUGAAUUUCUUACCUUCUGAUUGGCUUACCGAAGCCAUGUUACGAGCUUUUAAUCUAGCUCUGUGGACAUAACCUAACUCCAACAAAUAUGGUCCAUGAAUUCGUUGGUGAAUUGCGAACUUAUUUCUGUGUUUGGGCUGUGAAGCAAUGGGGGGAAAAACUAUAAUCUCGUGGUUCUGAAGCUUUGCAAAGAAAUGUGAGAACUUUGCCAAUUGCUAGUGUUGCAAAAUUAGGUAAUUCAGCUCGUGAACUGAGGUACUGAGCGUUCGGCCGCUUUAAAUGUGUUAUACAAUAUGAUUUCAGGCCGCAGGUUCUAGACUCGGCACUAUUGCAAUGUCUUUGAGCACAGCUAUUGCCUGCCUUGUGUAUGCUUUUAUUAAUGGAUGGAAGCUGACACUCGUUGUUCUGGCGUUCAUCCCGAUACUGGUGGUUGCCAGUGCAAUUCAGAUGAGAGUGUUUGCCGGAGGUAAAGUUUCUAGUGAUGGUGAAGACGAUUUUGCUCAAUCUGGCAAGGUGAGAUCCUCAUCACCUUUUAAGGAACGUAUAGGCGUGUUUACUAGGUAGUCUUCAUGGAAACAUCAAGGACAGUCUUCAUGUGGGUUUCCUUCUCAAUUUUUAACUGCAUGUGAAAUUUGCCAUGCGGUAUAAAUAUGUAUGUAAAAAGCAUUUGAAAAGCAUACAAAAAGGUUUGAAAUAUUUCAUCCCUUACAGAAAGUGUUUUUACACCCUAUUCAGUUAGCUCUUAAAGAGUUCAAGUGAAAAACUUUGGACUCAUGCAUGCACUUUUGGGCUACGACAACGAUUCGUGACUGAAUAAGAUUAUAACCAGUUUUAAAGCUCUUACAGUAGUAGUGAAAAAUAUCUUUUAAAAAACAUGGUCUCUGAAUGACAUUGUUUUAACCCUGGCUGCACUUUAUUUGGUCUUCAUAGAUCGCAGUUGAAACUAUAGGAAAUAUCAGAACUGUGGCUUCACUGGGCAGGGAAACCACCUUCUAUAACGAUUACAGUCGAGCUUUGAUCGGCCCCUACAAGUAAGUGAUAACAGAACGAGGCUCAAACAGCAAGAGUAUGAUUUGGAUUAAUUCUUCUUGAAACGUGACUCAGAGCAUGUAAAUUAUAAUGUUACAUCUAACUUGCGAGAAGCCAGGGAAACAUGAUACAUCUGUAGCUCGGGGAAACUUCUGUAAUUGCCGGCGUGAGAAAAGAGAACAACGAAAUUGUUUUUUAUUAGUAUUUUUCGUGAUUUCUUGCUCCUCACUGAAACGGAGUGAACCAUUUUUAUAUAUGAUGUCAUUGUAAUAUUUUAUAUUUAUCCGCUUGUGUUUUUGUUUGUUUCUUAUCGCCCCUUCACUGACAUUUGUAACUUUCUCCUGACUUGUAGAAAGGCAAUGAAACGGGCUCACUUACAAGGGGCUUCAUUUGGUUUAUCAGAGGCGUUCAUGUUCUUUGCUAAUGCAGUCGCUUUCAGAUAUGGGGGGUAUCUUGUGGUAAAAAGAGAGAUGGACAUGGAUGAAGUUAUGAAGUGAGUACCGUUCUUUUACAACUUUGCAUGGAAUAUAAACUGCUGAUUUCUAUAAAUACACAGUGGACACGAGUAGGAAGACUAGUUGUGGUACAUCAAAUCGAGGCUAGCUGUUAAACUUCCUGUGCAAAGCUAGGAAAAGUCAGUGAUUUUAUUCUCUAUUUGUUGGAUUGGUUUUGUUUGGCUUUUGGUUCAUUAAGGUCUUGUCGGAUAGUUAUUUGGUGGUUGUGAGAUAGAACUACGUAAAAACAGCAAUUUGUGUUUACCAGUAAACCUGGAGUAAGUGUUCAGGUAUGGAGUCAGUUUUCCAGAGUCGUCACCAAACUUAUCAAGUGUGCGUCAUUUGGACGGAAUGUUUACAUGGUUUUUAGAUGUAAACCAGGGUUCGUUUGGGAUCGAGUGUAUUUAAAGAUGGGAACAGCGUGUUUUGAGCCACUGUUACAUGAACGAACACCUAAUGUUCGUUGUGUUGGUGUUUUUUGUCGGCAGGGUGGUACUGUCUAUCUUGAUGGGUGGAUUUGUGCUGGGUCAAGUUAGUGCCUUGUCUCCAGACUAUGAGAAAGCCAAGAUAGCUGCUGCUCGCCUCUUUAAACUUUUUGAUCGCAAGUCUCUGGUCGACAGUUCAUCUCAAGAUGGUUUAACACCGGUUAGUUAACUUAGCUAUAGAGUUAGGAAACAGACUUAAAAAGAAAUAAGAAACUCUUGAAAACUUUAGAAAACUGAAGCUUCUUAACUAACUAAAAUGUAGCACCUCUCAGGUGAAAGAAGUGUGUUGGGUGUAGUUUUAAAAUCGGAUUAGAUCAUCCUUUCUGUUGAUGGAAAUUGUGUCAAUUAAUAGGCUUCGAUGUAAUAUUUUCAUUUUUAAGAACUUUUCUUUCCACAACAUGAAGAUUUUCUCGCCUAAUGGGUCUGUAUUUAAAAAAAAUGUAGAACUAAAUGAUCGAAUAUUUUUCAAAUAACAACUCGAUGUUUUUCAUCAUCUUCCUACAGAAUUCUAUGGUGGGAACAAUCCAGUUACGCAGCGUACGUUUCCGUUAUCCGACGCGACAAAAUGUCAAAGUACUACGCGGAUUAACACUGUCAAUUCAGAAAGGACAAAAACUUGCUCUUGUUGGCUCCAGUGGCUGUGGUAAAAGUACAGUUGUUUCCCUCUUGGAGAGAUUUUACGAUGCUGAGGACGGAGAAGUGGUAAGUUUCAAGUUCUUCACAUAUCCUAAAAUACAAAGAAAAUUAUUAGAAACUUUGCUAAUAAUAAAAAAUAAUUCGAAAGUUUGGUUUGGCUUACAUAUGCCUACCAUUGUGUAAUAGCGUUAUACUCUGUGAAUCUUAAGAUGUUGUACGUGUUCAUUAUCAUUACUGCUGUAUUGGUAAAGAUGGGUUAGCAAAAAUUUUACUUGAUAUUCCAUGGUAACUCUCUACCUAACGAUUAUAGUUUUCCCGCUGGUGGGAUAUAGAAAUGAUUAUAGCCAACUCAUAACCAACGUGCGUCCGCAGAUAUAUUUGUAGAGUGAAUAAAAGGGACGAGUUUCUAAAGAAACUGUGGUGCUGCGUCGGUGGGAGAGUAUAAACAGGGUAAUGUAGUGUUAUCAACUGAGUUGAUAACAUAAAUUGGCCACCAUUAAGAGCUCAAACUCUUUACGGUGGCCAAUUUACAGUGUCAACUCAGUUGAUAACACUAAAUUACCCUGUUAUUUGUAGAGUGACUGCUUUACGACUAAGGUGAAAAAUUUCUUCUUGUGUCUUUCUAAGUUCUAGCAUUUGUAUUGUACCUCUAAUCAAUCAGUAAGCCGAUGUACGCAUUCACAGUACCAAACAUUACUUCGACUGCAAACUACAGAAAGAACUAUAACAUACCGUAACGGUUACGGUAUGUUGUAGUUCUUUCUGUAGUUUGCAAUCGAAGUAAUGUUUGGUAUUGUGAAUGCGUGCAUCGGCGUACUGAUUGAUUAGAAGUACAAUACAAAUGCUAGAAUCUAGUAUCUAUGAAGAGCAAAUGAAAUUAAUACACAGUGCAGAGUCACUUUAUAACUGAUGUUCUUCGUUACAGGCCAUCGACGGUAACAACGUCCGAACUCUGAACAUUCAGUGGCUGCGCUCUCAUAUUGGUAUUGUGUCACAGGAGCCCAUAUUGUUUGGCUGCAGUAUCGCCGAUAAUAUCGCGUAUGGUGACAACUCCCGUCAAGUCAGUCAGGAUGAAAUAGAGGCAGCGGCUAAAUCAGCCAAUGUACACAGUUUCAUCAAUUCUCUUCCCCUGGUAUGGAAAUUUACCGAUUAACUCGCAUAUAAGAAGCCAAGUCAAACCUGAAAAUUGAUCUCCCUGUUGAUUAAGGUUUAGGUGCGGUUGCCUUUAUUGAAAAUACUUUUCACAUCUUUCAAGUUUACAGUGCCUCUCUUCAGUCACCAGGUGUAUAAAUGAUUACGUGUAGGGGGGAGUUGUGAAGGAGACAUGAGAAAAUAUUAUGGGGAAACCUAUGAUGUAUGAGCAUUCUAUCCAUAGGGUGGAGAAAUACUCCCAGUCGCCUCGUCCCACAAAAUCCGCUUUAAGCUUAAGUAGAGUGAGUCAUUUCGCCUGCAUGCUGACUGUUUUUUUCUUAUGUAGGGUUAUAACACUCUGGUGGGAGACAAAGGGACUCUUAUCUCAGGAGGACAGAAGCAAAGAAUAGCUAUUGCCAGGGCGUUGAUCCGCAAUCCACAUAUUUUGCUUCUUGACGAGGCUACCUCUGCCCUGGACACAGAGAGUGAGAAGGUCAGGCAGCCGAACAUAUCAUGCGUCUUACAAUUCUGAGGUGGUGCUUGGGUGUUAAAUACAUUUUGAUGUUUCAUGAGAAAGGGUUUAAUCAACUUUUCUGUUUCGGCGUUUUUGCUUUGAGGUCCUUAUUUUUUAAGAAGAGAUUUCAAGGCGGUUUCGAUGUUUGUGAAAGUGAUCUUUUUCCCAGUAAACAUUCUGAAUGUCACUCUCUUAUGGCCUCCCGCCAUCCCUGAUUACAUGUUUCUCCCAAAAUUAACAGACAAGAAAGAACGCAGGAACAUGUUGUCUUCGUCAUCGUGUCUAGUUUUUGGCAUCACUGAUUACUUUUUUAAUGCUGGUUUUCGUUCGAUACACUUAUAGGUUGUGCAGCAAGCUCUGGAUGCCGCUAGUGAGGGUCGCACAGCUAUCAUCAUUGCACAUCGAUUGUCCACUGUGCAGAACGCUGACAUCAUAGCAGUGAUCCAUCACGGGCGCGUGGCAGAGCAAGGAACUCAUCAAGAGUUGUUGAACCUUAAAGGAGUUUACUACGGUCUUGUUACAGCACAAAUGCAGAACACAAAUAAUUAACUUUUUGAAGUGUGUGCAGUUUGAUUUUAUUUUCAUGAAUAUCUCCUACAUACCAUGCGUGCAUCUUAAUGUAAAGAGAAAAUUCUUUUGUUACAUUAUUUAUAUGUUAAAAUUAUUUUUUUUGUGGCUGGUAUGGUGACCAGACAUUGAAUUCUUGUACUAUUACCAAUGUCUCAAAAUUCAAACUGUUUCUAAAUACCAAUUUUCCUUAUUUAAUUUUAGUUACCUUCGAUAUUUAUCGUGCAUGUGUUUGUUUCUCUGAUAUGUUGGUGUAAAAAUGUUUUGUUGAGUUCAGUUUUGUUUCGAAUUUUUUUUUACGAUAAUCAGGUUUUUAAUCAGUAGCUGACUGAGUUUUUCUUCUUUAUUUAUCAUCAUAAAUAUAUCUGUAACAAAUUUUUAAUGUGGCAUUCAAGUUACAAUUGAAAAUUGGACGAACUAGUGUGUAGGAGGGUUUAAGGAAACAACAAUAUUUUGAUUAAUUUGGUUGUAUGCUCUCCGUCUUGCCAUGGUGAUGAACGUUCUUGCAACAGAAAGUACAAUUUUAUGUUUGGAAGCCAUUCGCUCGUGAGCAUACAGAAACGUUCUUUUCAAAGGUUUUCCAACUAGUUCUGUUAACUUCCUAUUAUAAUAAAUGUUGCCUUGAAAAGGAGAACUUCAUAUUCAUAUACAUUGAGGAUGAAUACUGUGUAACCACACAAUGUAACUCAAUUUUUAUUAACCAAUUGUAACUCUGUCAGCAUUAACAUAUACUAUAGUGAAACUAGACAUUGUUGUCUUAUUGUAACCGUAUUUACAUAUUUUAAAAUGAAACGGAACGUUGUAUUAUUUUAACCACAUGUAGAGCCCUCCUUUGCAUAGAUUGCUUGUCUAAGAGGGUAGUACAUGGUGAUGAGAACAUGUGAAUUCUAUUUUAGGGUGAUAUAAACAGCAUUUUAUGAACGAGAGAUCGUAGAAUAUUGUCUGAAACUUGAAAAAGUUAAUUUCAUAUGUGAGGCCACCGUGUUUUCAUAAGAUCAGUUGUGUCUAGAUGAUAGGGACAGUUUUUAUUUUUAUUUCUCAAGCAUCUUAGCGGUCCAGAAUCCUAAAUCUUUGAAUCUGAGUAGCUUAUUCUGCGCGCUUUGACGGUUCGGAAUUUUCUCAUCCGAACCCGAGGUACUGACCACUUCGAGUUUUGCAAUUUGCACUUUUCAAGCGCUUCAGGAGAGAAGCUUUAAGAUGUAAAGAUUGUAACAAGUGACUUGCAGUUAUGGAUUCAGACAACGAAAGCUAUCAAAGCGAAAGCAAAUUU